CAUUGAAUUGUGCAUUGGCCAAAAAGAAAAGAGUGGAAAGGUCGCAAGGGACAUGCUGAAGCUGAAGCUUAAUUCAAUGAAGAAACUUAGACGUUGCCUUGCUCUGUCGAACAUAUAUAGCCACAUGCUUCUUAUCCCCAGCUAAUCACUUUGACUUUGUCCUUCAACCUCAUAGUUCUGCAAAGAUUUCUCAGUAUAUAUCCUUCUUUGCUUCAUUUGCUUUGCUGCUUUCUUCUCUAUUCUCUUUCCUCCUCUUUACAGCUAAAGUUGUACUUCCUUUCAACAAAAGCAUGGCAGUGGGAGAGAUCUUUCUUGCGGCAUUCCUUCAGUUGCUGCUGGACAGGUUAACGCCUCGGGAGUUCCUAGGCUACUUUGGAAGCUUGGGAGGAGUUCGCAAAAAGCUGCAGAAAUGGAGGGGAACACUGUCUGCAAUUGCAGCGGUGCUUUCCGAUGCGGAGGAGAAGCAGCUGACGAGCAUGGCAGUGGAGCUGUGGCUGAAUGAUCUCAGACACUUGGCUUACGAUAUCGACGAUCUACUCAACACCUUUUCUACUGAGAUGUUAACACGCAAGCUGCUCAAGGUUGACCAAACUGGCACAAGCAAGGUACGAGGCUUCUUUACCAAAGUUCCUCACAAAGUUAAGUUCAAUUUCAAUAUGAACUGCGAAGUAGACGACAUUGCUAAUCGCUUGCAAGACAUAUUUGACCGGAAAGAGAAACUCGGUUUGAAAUAUAUUGAGCAUACCUCUACUUCAACAUCUUCAUCGCACAGGACACCAAGUUCUUAUGUGUUGGAUGGACCUGUGGUUGGGAGAGAUGAAGACACAAGAAAGAUUGUGGAAUUGUUGUCCAGAGGUGUUGAUCCUUCUUCUCCAACAAAAUAUCAAGUUGUUGCCAUUGUUGGUAUGGGAGGACUGGGCAAAACAACGCUUGCGGGACAAGUCUUCAAUGAUGUAGCUGCAGUGGAACAGUUUGAUCUCAAGAUCUGGGUUUCAGUGUCCCAUGACUUCGAUCUUCAAACGGUGACGAGAACUAUUUUUAAGGAAGUCACAUCUCGGCCAUGUGAUAUGGAUGAGCUCAGUCGACUUCAAGAUAAUCUGAGCAAGGAGAUCGAUGGUAAAAGGUUUUUGAUUGUUUUAGAUGAUGUCUGGAGCACGUGUGAUUAUGAUUCAUGGACAAAACUGCAAGCUCCCCUCCGUGGCGGAGCCAAGGGAAGUAAGGUAAUGGUGACAACACGUGAUGAAAAAGUAGCUGCAUUGACGGGAGCCCCAGCCGCUGAAGUUUAUUAUUUAAAGACUCUAUCAGAUGAAGGUUGUUUGCAAGUAUUUGAGCAGCAUGUUAGCAAUGACAGGCCACCGAAUUUCGAGUUGCUUAAGAAGAAAAUUGUUACGAACUGCAAUGGAUUGCCAUUGGCUGCAAAAACUCUUGGUGGUGUUUUACGUUGUAAAGAAACUGACAAGUGGGAGGAAAUACUGAAUGACAAAUUGUGGAGUAUAUCAGAUGGGAGUAAAAUACUCCCUGUACUGAGAUUGAGUUAUCAUUAUCUCCCUUCAACUUUGAAGAGGUGCUUUGCCUAUUGCUCAAUACUUCCCAAUGACUAUGAAUUUGGGAAAACCCAAUUGAUCCUUCUGUGGAUGGCAGAGGGUUUCCUUGAGCAACCAGAAGGGACUAAAGCAAUGGAAGAUAUCGGUGACGAAUAUUUUGGGGAGCUAUUGUCUCGGUCAUUAUUUCAAAACUCGGGCAAAAACAGUUUGUGCUAUGUAAUGCAUGACCUUGUUGGUGAUUUGGCACGAUGGGCUGCUGGAGACACAUUUUGCAGAUUGGAGGAUAAACUGCAUGGUAGAUGUUCUACAAAUACUCGUCAUCUAACUUACGUUUCUGGUAAGUUCGAUGGGGUAAAAAGAUUUGAGACAUUUUCUGAAGCAAAACGCUUGCGGACUUUCCUACCACUUCCUGUUUCCGGUGGUUAUGAGAAUUAUCUAACUCGUUAUGCUACUUUUGAUUUAUUGCCACAAUUGAAGUACUUGCGGGUGCUCUCCUUCAAUGGUUAUAAACUGACCGAGGUGCCAAAUUCCGUAGGUAAGUUGAGACAUCUACGGUACCUUGAUCUUUCUCACACAUUAAUAACGAGUUUGCCUGAGUCAACAUGCAUGCUUUACAACUUACAGACGUUAAUAUUAGAGAAUUGUUCAAAAUUGAAGACCCUACCUUCAAACAUGAGCAAUUUAUCUAAUUUACGUCAUCUCAAGAAUUCAAACAUGCCUUCAUUCGAAGAAAUGCCUCCCCAAGUAAGUCGGUUGACUCGUCUGCGAACUUUGCGUAAUUUUGUGGUGGGGAAAUGUAGUGCAUCAAGGAUUGGAGAGAUAGGGUCAUUGCAUCUUCGUGGGACCUUGAGCGUUGGAAGAUUGGAAAAUGUGAUUGAUGUUGGGGAUGCGAAGACGGCUCAAAUAAUGAACAAGGAAGGGCUGAAUACCUUGCAAUUGGAAUGGAGUGGCACAAGUGAGAACGAGUCGGAGGUGCUGUGCAGUUUAGAACCUCAUAAAAAGCUUCUACAUCUCACUAUCAAAGGUUACAAUGGUUUCGAAUUUUCAAAAUGGAUUGGACAUCCUUCAUUCUCUGAUAUGACAUUUGUGAAGUUGGAGAAUUGUAAAAAUUGUCAAUUCUUACCUCCUCUCGGCCAAUUACCAUCUCUGAAAAACCUUUGGAUAGAAGGACUGGCCAGUGUUGAAAGUGUGGGUGUUGAGUUUUACGGAGAGUGUAGCUUGCCUUUUCCAGUGUUGGAAGCCCUGAUUUUCAAGGAUAUGCAAAAUUGGAAGGAGUGGCUUCCUUGCAAAAGAGAUGAAGAAAUUCAAGUUUUGCCAUGCAUGGAAAAGCUUUUGGUCCUUAGUUGCCCCAAAUUGGAAGGUUGGUUACCCAAGAUCAUGGAUUCAUUAUCAGAUCUGCGAAUACGUGAAUGUGAAGAGUUAGUGGUUUCAAUAGCCAAUUAUAAACAUCUUCGUAAGCUGUUCAUCGACGGUUGUAAAAGGGUGGUGCACAGAAGUGGAGUUAAGUUUGAGUCACUGGAGGAUAUGGGGCUUUAUAAUAUUUCAGAGUUCAGACUCGAAAUAGACGGGUUCAUCAGAGGAUUGCCAAAGCUUCAAAAUUUGUGGAUUACUGGUUGUGAAGAGUUGACAUGUUUAUGGGAGAAUGAGGAUAUAUGGCUGCAGCGUGGGAUUUCUAAUAUUAUUGGAGGCAACAUGUCUGACUCCGCCUCUCACUUUAUUCAAGAGCUAAGAGCACUCAAGCAACUUGUGUUAACUGGAUGCUCAAAUCUAAUUUCUUUACCAGAAGCUAGUUGGCCACCUUGUCUUGAAUAUGUAAAGAUGGAGUCGUGUAAUUCUUUGACAUAUUUCGUAAGGUAUCAAGUACCGUCAAGCAUAAGAAGAAUAGAGAUAGCAAAAUGUCCAAAUUUGAAACUAUUAGUGAAACUACUAGAGGGUUGUCUGGAGCACUUGAAGAUAACAGAGUGUGCAUCUUUGACAUCCUUAUCAGGCAAAGGAGGCCGACUACCCAGAACGCUCAAAUAUCUUUAUUUACGUGACUGUCAACAAUUGGAGUCAAUAAGCAAAACAUUCCACGAUGACACUUGUCUUGGAGAUAUUAGGAUAAAGAGGUGUGCAAAUCUCAAAUCCUUACCAGAGGGGCUAUGCCAUCUCUCCGCUCUUCGCAUUUUAUAUAUAGAUGAAUGUGGAAGUCUCGUUUCCUUCCCAAGAGGAGGGUUGCCAUCCAACCUGAUAGACUUUCGUAUCGACAAUUGUGAUCAAUUGGAAGCCCUCCCCAGAGGCAUGGACAACCUCAGCUCUCUUCAGACUUUAUUGUUGGAAUACUGUGGAGGUAAUUUGGCAUCCAUUAUAGAAGAGGGUUUCCCACCCAACCUAAUUAAUCUUCAUAUUUGGACUCCCAAAAGCUGCAAGCCUCUCUCAGAGUGGGGGCUUCACCACUUGGACAGACUCACCUCUCUUAAAGGCUUGUGGAUCGGUGGUGUAGAUCCAGAUCUGGUGUCCUUUCCGCCAAAGGAGGUGCUGCUCCCUAAAUCUCUCAUUCAACUCGAGAUUGGAGAGUUCCCAAAUCUGAAGCGCCUGUCAUCAUCUUUUCAAUCACUCACCUCUCUUGAAUCCCUUUCAAUUGGUGGAUGCCCAAAGCUAGCAUCUAUUAUUCCAGAAAAAGAGGAUCAUCUGCCUCUUUCACUUACACAGCUUCGCAUCCGUGAGGGCUGUCCGCUGCUCACAAAGAAAUACCAACCAGGUAAAGGACGACACUGGCCCAAAGAAAUAGCCCACAUCCCUUACGUUUAUGUUGGAGACUUCAAGGACGAAGCCGACGCCGACCGCCGCUGGGCAUAGAAAUCAAACUAUAGAGCCGCAAGAAAGUAAGUUGAGCAAUUGACCAGCUCAAGAGUCUUGAUCCACGCACCCUUCUAAUUCUGGAUUAAGGGCAGCAGCAAGUAAAAGGUGGAGAAAGUUGUUUGCAAUGAGAGCACCUCAAGAAUUUUGAUCUGGGCUUCUAGUUCUGGUUCAAGAUAUUGUCCACUUAAAUUGCCAGUCAAGAUUAUGAAAGCCAAUGACGUAUCUAGCAGCACCAUAUGAGAAACAAAUAAUUCUUCUCUGAUUCCAGGAUCCUUGGUGCUAUUGUUUGUCUUCUAAAAUACGAUAAAUCAGAAGAUCAAGCUGAGGGUAGACUAAGUAAAAGAAAAGUCUAAGCUAUGAAUCUAAGUUCUUGAUAGGUUGCGAGCAUAUUUUUUUGUUUACCUAAAGCUGUAGGAGUAUUCAUUGUUGAUCCAGCUGUUGUACUUGAAUUCAGGAAAGAAAUCCAGACUUUGGUACGUUUAGAGUUGGUAUAGAUGUGCAAUCUGUUUAGGGUCCAAUAGACAGUUACUACUUACGUAGAAAUGGCCUUGAAGUUGCAAAAUUGGGUCAAUAAUUUGUCUCUAAGAACACUUCAAUCGUACUAAACAUUAUGUGGUUUUAACCUUCAAUGAUUUUAUAUCUAACAACACCACAUGACAAACAAAGAAUUCUUCUCUGAUUUUUGGCUGAGAUGAUAAGUUUUGGUUGUUGAUUUUUGGAUAGGCAGAACCCUCAAUUCCUGGUGCCACAGUUUGUCGUCUGAAAUAUAAUAAAAGUUUUGAACUAGGUAAUAGUAAAAGCUAUGCCAUGAAUCUAAAUUCUUGACAAGGUAAGUAUUCGGGAAUGCACAGUAAUUUUGUAAUCUGUGUGCUAUACCAUAAAGUUCGUAGACAUUUUCUUCUCUUUUUAAAUGCAGACUAUGAUGUUGCCAAUGUUCAAUUGAAAUUGUUAAAACUAAUGACUGCCAAAAUACUAAUUUGCUUUCUGUAAAACUAAUAGCAGAAUUGAUCUGUAAUAACAGUUUAAUGAUAGUAAAAACCAUAAUAAAAACCAGUGAGAUAUCUCCUGUUUAUGUUAUACCGAUGACGUUGAGGCAUGUGAGAUAUUAUGUCACAGUUUCCAAAAUCUCUUAUGCUGCAAAUGAGAACAAAAAUAAUGAUGGCUGGUGAUGACAUUAUGGAGAAAUUGGAAACAAUGCGUUGUUAAUUGAAGAUGAUACCAUGAUAUCAUCAUAUCUGGAAUCAAUGUUUAGUUAUUUGGUAAAAAAAAACAUUGAUAUUGUGGUGGCUUUUGAAAUUUAAAACGAUCAAAUUAUUGCACUGAGUUAACGGCUACUUUAGCAGUGUUGACAUAUUAAUGUUGCUGCCCUUUUAUUAAUCAUAAUAAUCUCUUCAAGAUCUUUUCUUUCUGUUUGUUAAUGUUUUCAAUUUUACAGUAUCUAGGUUUCUAAAAACAAUUUGGAGGAAGGGGAUUAGCUGUUAGACAAGUAACACUGCUUUCCUGUUUUUCUGGUUCGGGAUUUUGCUGCUUCUUUUUCUUCAGAAGGAACAGAAAUUAUAACCUUCUCAUUGGUUUUGAUAAUUGUGAAUCUUUCUAAUUCCAGACUGCAGAUCUUUGCUGUACUUGGAUUUUCUUGAAGGCAUCAAACCAAACAUCAUUACAGUAUUACACAGAUGUGCCACUUUGAUCUAAGUGUCUAGGCCAAUCAAUCAUUCUACUUCUGCAGUUUCUGUCUUCAAAUGUCUAGGAAACAGCUGCCUGUAUAAGGAAGAGAAAGCCAUUAGGCAAUGGACCACCUCGAGAUCUGGUUUCUCUAUUUUAAGGCUACAGUGCACUGUGUUAUUCCGAUGGUCUGUUGCAUAUGAAAACCGGGUGCUGGAGCUGUCGGGGCCACUGGAACUCUUAAAGGGCGUUAGAGCAGAAGAAUGUAUGUGCAGUUGUUCAGAAAAGCCGAAGAAUGUAUGUGCAACUGUUCAAGAGCCGAGGUACAAGAGGCCGAGAGUCAUGCAAGCAUAAAAUCAUCGACUGCCGGUAA